AUGUCUGUUGCUCGCAUCAACGCUGUCUUUUGCGUCCUGUGGAUUCUCCUAUUCGUGUUUUCUGCCAUCUUCUCCUACGAUGAUCCCUCGUCGAUUUUCUUCAAUGCCGAGAAAGCCUACAAGCAGCGCUUCUCAAGCGUGAGAGCAGCCGAGGCAGACGCCUACAUUCGAAAUCCGCCUGCGAGAGUCAUACCGACCGAACCCGUCGACAAGCUGCUGUGCAUUGGCAUUCCAAGCGUUAACCGCACGACAGAAUCGUUCCUCUCUUCCACGAUUGCUACAUUAUCUGAUACCCUAGCACCGGAAGAGCGUGCGUCCAUUCGCAUUGUCGUGCUGCUGGCCGACAAGUCGCCAUCGGAGCAUUUCGCGUACGGACAACAAUGGCUCGAGCCGCUUGUCGACGAGGUUCUUCUCUACGGAGAGCCUCCCGCGGGAAGCUCUGUGUACCGUCGCAUACCUUUUGACUUGAAGGAGGGGAGAACUCGCGGCGAUGGUCGCGUCGAGAACAUGAGGCUUGAUCACUCAGCCCUAGUUGAAGCGUGCAGAGAGCAAGAGUAUCCAUACUUCGCCUUAGUGGAAGACGACAUUGUUACAACACGCGACUGGUUUCCGAGAUUCAAGAAGGGCCUGGCAUACGUGGAACGAAAGACCGAAGAGACCAAGAAGGAGUGGAUAUACCUUCGACUUUUUUACUCGGAGAUUUUGAUGGGCUGGAACAAUGAAGAAUGGCUGUCAUACUCCAAGGUCAUUUGUCUGGUGUACACCGCCGUGCUGCUCAUUUUUUUGCUUGGGCGAAAAUAUGUGCGUGUUGGCGUUUCCAGCAGCGUUUCGCCGCACACGCAGCGAUACCUUGCAGCGCUCAUCUUCGGUCUCUGGCUGCCCGCUCUUAUAGCUCUGUAUUUUCUCUCUGGUCGUCUUUCUGUUAACAGACUUAAUCCAUUCGGGUGGAGUGCAGUGCACGGAGCCCGCGAGAUGCCGCAUUACGGCUGUUGUGCUCAGGGGCUUGUUCUUCCUCAGCGACACUUGGCGGACUUUCAAGCACUGCUGAGGGAUCCUCCCUAUGACUUCCCUGGGGACAUGAUUCUGGAGGAUUACGCUGAAGCCCGUGGAUGGGUCAAAUGGGCAUUGGAGCCGAGUGUUUUCCAGCAUGUUGGGUUCAAGGAAUCUUCUGAUGGAACGCGUCGAGCCGAAGUCUGGAACUUUGGGUUUGAACGGCUAUACAGAAGGUGA